CAAAUCACGGUGUUGUCACCACGCCUCCCUCAACCCAACUUUCCUUUUCCUCCAACGAGCAGAGGGACUCCACCAUCCACACCACAAUCGACGCCGCCAGUGAGCCAGUGACCACCAGCGGUUGCCACCCUCGCGGUUUGAAGCGUCUAGAAUCAUCGUCGUCUGGUCUUCGGAAGAACACACACGACACACCCCACAACACAGCUGUCAGCGGUGUCGUCGUCUUGAGCUCUGAACACUGAAGCUUCUGGUGUCGGCGUCGUCGGCUUGUCGUCGGCUUCUGUCAACAUCGUAGUCAGGCAUCUGUUCUGCUGCCGUGAACCGCAUUCGAACCGAUCUGAUCGGUCGAACUGGAAACCAACAGGCAUAGCGGUUCGGCGAGUAAGCAUAAUCGCUGGUGUCAAAAACCGUUGGACCUCUGAAUCGGCCGAAAAUUGCCCAGUUGAACAGACUGAGAUCUGGCUGGUUUUCAACUUUGACACAAAGUGGGCCCUUUCAUCAUAUAAUUAAUUAAGAAAAACCUAACGUAAACCUAAUUUCCAUAACCUGCAUCUCCUCCUUCUCGAGCUCUCCGCUCCUCCCUCACUCCCUCAGCAAAAGAAAAAUAAAAAAUCACAUCACUUGCUCUGUCCAGCCACUGCCGCCGUCGCAUAUGCUCGAAGCGGACGUCCCUACUGCGCUCGUCUCUACCACUGCUUGAAGCUGUCGUCCCCACUGCAACUCGUCUCGCGUCGUUCCUCCGUCGCGCAGCCGCUGUUUCACUGCGUCGGCUCUGUUCCACCAGGCUCCAGCCCUUCUUUGCUCCAGUUCUGUUGUGUCAAGCCCUUCGUGCUCCCUCACCGCUGUACUCUAGAAGAUGGUUUACAUACAUUUGGCAUAACAUGCACUUGAACAAAUGGGAUCAAGCAGCUUUCUGUGGAAUUUUACCAAAAAGUUUGUCACAUUUGGGAUCAUUACUGUUACUGUGUCUGAUCGUUAUGUAACAGUGGUUCCAGUUCGGGGUGGCUCUAUGUCUCCCACACUUAAUCCAAAAACCAGCUCUUUUGCAGGAAACUUCUCUGAUGAUUAUGUCUUGGUUGAGAAGUUUUGCAUUGACAAAUACAAAUUUUCACAUGGAGAUGUUGUGGUCUUCAGUUCCCCAUUGAAUCACAAGGAGAGACACAUAAAGAGAAUAGUUGCAUUAUCUGGUGAAUGGUUUAGUAGUCGUCAGAACUAUGAUGUGUUGAAGGUUCCAGAAGGACAUUGUUGGGUUGAGGGAGAUAAUGCGGCUUUUAGCAUGGAUUCAAAACAAUUUGGAUCUGUAAGAUUCCUUUGGGCCUCAUACGAGGAAGGGUGACCCAUGUUGUGUGGCCUCCACAAAGAAUAGGCGCCAUCCAGAGUCCUCCACGAGAAGGAUUAUCUUCUUUAUAGUUGGAUCCUGAUGAUGCUGUUGCCGGGCCUCCUCAAAGUGCAGAAUUUUGUGAGGAGAAUCCUUCCUGGAGUAUUCUUUUCUCUUCCCUAAUGUUGUUUUAAUCGGACACAAACCAUUCUUUGCUCCAUUUGUUUCGCUUUGCGGAGGAGAGUUACUACAAUUCAUUUGUUAAUUGGAUUAUCGUAUAACCGUUUAACCCUUCAAUUAUUUUUAUUUUUAUUUUUCUCGGAACCGAGCAAUUAAUCAAAAUAGAAAUGAGAUGAAUGAUAUGUUGCUCGUUUUUUAGCAGAAGAGAUUAAGAUGGUAAUGUUCAAAAUUGAUACUUCUAGUCUCCUUGUCCAAAAUUUUCUCGUUGUUCUCUUUUUAGAGAUGAUUUGGGACAUGUUGGUUCUUUGCAUAUUUAUUAUUAUUUAAUUAAUUUAAUAUCAAAUACGUGAAUAACGUAUAUUUUAGAA